ACGUUCGAUUCAAUUUCUUAUUUAUUUUUUUCAUCACAUAAUAAUAAUAUCAGUAAAUUUCUACAAAAAUCAACAAUUUUUUCUUCAGAUUUCUUUGCAAUUUCAUGAUACAUAUUAUACAGGAUUUAUACAAAUCAAUAUACUGAAAUAUACAUCUGAUAUUGUAGAGUUUUCAAGUGCCAGGAAGUGAGCUAUGGGUUACAAAAAAGGAGGAAGAUUCAUGCCGGAAGAGGAGAACGGCGUCGGUGCUACACUGAGAGAUGCUUUGUUAUUUACUACUAUGUGUAUUAUUGGGCUACCGGUUAAUGUUUACAUCAAAGAUGGUGGUGUUUAUUCGGGUAUUUUUCACACUGCUUGUGUAGAUGAUGAAUAUGCUAUUGUUUUGAAGAGGGCGAAGAUGAUUAAGAAGGGUAGUCGAGAGGCGAAUGUAGCACGUGGAAGUUUGAUAGAGACACUCGUUAUUCUGUCUGAAGAUCUUGUCCAAGUUGUCGCAAAGGGGGUUAUGCUAUCUGCUGAUAGUAUUCAAGGACAUUUAGAUGGGGAUAAUGCAAGAACUGUUUGUAGCAAUAUAACUUAUCCUGAAUACACCAAAAAGGAGAUGAAAGCAACAAAGUCCAAGGUGUCUACCGUGGAUGGAGAGAAAGCUAGUAAAGAAAGAUAUGUCCGAAAUGGCUUAAUCAGUAAGCAAAGUGAUCGCAGAGAGAGCCAUGAGUCUCUAAGGGAGAGAACUAUCCUUGAAGUUCAAGGCUCAAGUUCAAAUGUGGAUGUUUCUGUUACUCAAGCAAGUCACCUUGAGGAUGUUACCUUCAUAAAAAACUUGGAGUUGUCAUCAAAUGGAAUAUCUAAUGGUAGUCCUCCUCUUUCCUCAACCAAACUUGAUGAUCCGAAUAAUGAUAGGCACAGUCAUGAGCAGCAGACUCUAGGCAAAACUCCUUGUUUGGGCCCUACUUCCUCUGGUGCUCCAAUCACCUCAGUCUCAUGCGUCAGCUCAUCAUCAGCUCCAGCUGAUUUGGUGCCUUCACGAGGUUCAAUUCAUAAUGUUAGUACAAAGGAAUCUAAGCUCAACCCUGGGGCAAAGAUAUUUUCUCCAUCGACUUUGCAGCAUAGAACUGUUACACCUCCUGUGGUGCCAACGAUGGCUUACGUGCCAGAUUCCUGUCCUGUAGUACCUAUUGUUACAGCAGAGCCUGAAGUUGAAAUUACCCCCUUUGCUCCUCAUUCAUCUGUGCCUGUCAAGUUUGUCCCAUAUAAUAACUUGGCAGCUGGGAAUGGUGGCUUGGAUGUACAGUAUGCUCAACCGACAAUUGGAUACAUGGGAAGCAGGACUCAGCCGGCAAGGUAUGGCAGUCAGUAUCAUCACCUUCAGGCUGCAACUGGUUAUGUGCAUCCAAAUUCUCAAAAUGUUAUGGUUGGACGGUUGGGACCACUUGUUUAUAUGCAUCAUCCUGUUUCUCAUGACAUUGUUCAGAGUGCAGCGGGGUUCCCUCAAGUAUCCACACGUCCUCUAUUAAUUCCACAUCAGGUCCAUCCUCCUAAGCAUCAAGGAAGUACAGCGCCACAAGCACUGCAGUUGUAUAUGGCUCCCCCAGUUAUAACAGGGCUACAACAACCAUUCACUAUCCCAAGCAUUCCUAUUACACAGGCGUCUUUUCCUGUUAUGCGGCCUAUGCAAUUCCCAGUACCUAACGGUUUUGUGCCUAACAAGUUUGCGUGAAUAUACUUCUGUAGUUGAAAUGAUGCCUGCCUAUUGAGAUUCCUUUUUCGUUUCUUCUCAAUGUCUGGCAGCAUGAUUCUUUUCUAAAGUUUUCGAUCUUGUAGUAUGAGCAGGUUAUUCUUUGUUAGGGAGAGGCAUUAACAUUGUAUAUUUAUUGAGUUACGCAUGAAGUUGUUUUUGUUUGGAGGUAGAGGAAGAGUUAACUGGGGCGGUUCUUGUUUUGGUUGUGAUAUCCAAAGGAGAUAGAUUUUCCGUUUUGAACUGCAGCAACACAAAUUUUUGGGCGUCGAAAAGUUGCACUUUUUGUAUGAUACACUAAGCUUGAAACUAAUAGCUUUGUUAUAGCUCUUUAAGUUUGAUGCAUUAAGCUAAUGUGGAUUUGGUUUAUCAAAAACUAUCAUAUAUUGAACUAUUUAUUGUAAGA